AUGAGAUUCAUACAGGUGCCUACCUGCAUAGCGAUCGUAGCAGCGCCUUACUGGAUUCUGUACAACAAAACCGCCUUGAAGGAUAAUUUUAACAAUGGAGGUCUGGCGCUCCGAGCUAUCGGCUACUACAUUCUAGCGAACGGCGUCAAGGUACUCGCCAUGGCUACAGGGAUCCCGUCGUUGCUAGGUCACUACCUUAUCGGAGAGGAAAUGGUGAUGGCGAUUCUCGACUGUGCUCUGUGUUUGGGCCUAGUGAUGCCGCUCAGGGGAAAGACCAAUGCCAACGCCAACGUCAGCAGCAUCGUCCUGGGUAUCGGACUCGGCUGGUCGCUGCCCGAGAACAUUGGCAGGAUGCUGUUCGAGACCGUGGCCACCAUAAGGGAUUUGGACCAAACUGACGGGCUGCUCUACGCAGCACUGCGGUCAAACUUCGCUGUGCUGUCGUCGGUUAUGUUCACGGCGCUGUUAUUCCUCUGGCAACGAGACAAAAGUAACCGAUACCGUUACGUGGUCAUGAUGAGCAUCGCAAUGAUAGUCUGCACAGUAAUGUCGUCGUAA